UCAGCACACACAAAAAAGGUGAUUUUGUUCUCCCACCGCAAAUCCCAAACUGAAGCCGCCGUCGACCGUCGUCAGACUACCGGAUAGCGAUAGAUAGAGCGCCAGGCACCACACACCACUCGUCCCUGAUUCAGGCCACGGACAGCGACCGCCGGAAUCUGCGUGCCGGAGCUGAUGUCCCUGAUGACCACCUCUUCCGCCUUCUCGGCCACUCUCCUUCCGUUCCCGCCGCCGCCUCGCCUCUCCGUUGCCCGCCUGCGACUCCACCCCCGCCGUCGCGCUCUGGUCCGCUGCGCCGCGGUGUCCGAGAUUGCCCCGGCCGCCUCAGCCGCCUACGGCGUCCUCCUCCUGGGCGGCGGCGCCUUCGCAUAUGCGAGGUCGGGGAGUAAAGGCUCCAUCUACGGAGGACUGGCUGGAGCUGCGCUCAUGGGCGCUGCCUAUUAUCUGAUGCAGUCGCCUGAGACGAUGGCAGCAGGUGAUGCUGUUGGAUUUGGAUCUGCCUUUUUAUUUGCCUGCGUGUUUGGUAUCAGGUUGUACAAUAGCCGGAAACUGGUGCCAUCUGGCCUUCUUCUAGCCCUUUCUCUUGGUGCCUUGGGUGUCUUUUACUCUGCUUACUUGCAAGACAAGGUGUAAACCAAUUUGAUUUAGUAGUUGAAGAAUAUGUAUCAUCUGAAGCUUCCUUGAAGGCUUACUCUGUUGGGUUGUAGAUGUAGAACUUUGCAUCAGCUGUUGGUGCACCUUCCUUUCGUUGUAGUUGUAACAAAGAGCAUCUAGUGUUCUGUAUUGGUUGCCAACGAUAAGUUUCUUCAAGCUUUUCAGUGGCCAUUGUGUUUUCGAGAACGUGCUUAGCACGUGUUUCAUUAAGAAGUCAGUGGCCAUUGUGUUGA